AUGCCUGAUAUGAACAUGUCUGAUUAUAACAUUCAUUCAACUGAUGAUUUAUACUCUUUUUUAAAGAAUUUUUUAUCAAAUUUAGACGAAACCCAAUCAAUAGAUGAUGUCAACUCAAAUUUAAUUUUUUAUUUAACCACUGUCUCUAAGCUUAUGGAUUUUGAUUUUAAUUCAAAUUAUUUAUCAAUCAAUACAGAAAAUAUUUCAUCAUCACCUUCUUUUUCUUCUUUCCCAUCGCUUUUUUUACAAAUCAAUAACGACUUGAUUGAUAAAUACUUUUAUUCAAUAAUAUUUCAAGAAAACAAAGAAGAAAUUUUGUACAACUGUUGUUUUUUCUUGGUUAAUUCAAUCUUAUUCAAAAAUUUAUCCUUUAAACAAUUCAUCAUAAGUAAAUUAUUAAGUCUAUUGAAUUUAAAUGUUAAACUAAAUAACAUCAAUCUAAAAAUUUUGAUUGGCUUGAUAUUUUUUAUCUUAAUUCAGUUGGAUGAAAACUUAUCUUUAAUUCAUAAUAAUAAAAACAAUACGAAUACAGAUACGAAUACAGAUACAGAUACUAAUUCCAAUACUAAUUCUAAUGCCGAUACCUACAAUACAGUUAAUAACAUUGAAGAUUAUAAUAUUAAUAUAAAUAAUCCAGACAACUCAAAUCCCAAUACCUUCAAUAGUUCGAAUAUUCUAGACAUUUUGCAGCAUUAUUCAUCUUUCUCAAUUUUUUAUAAAAUUUUGUAUUUUAAUAAUUUUAUCCAUUUUUAUAAAUUGAGAAAAUCAAACUUAAUUAAAAAUGAAAUCGCUAAUAACAGUAAAAUUUAUGAUUCAAUCUUUCAAGAUGAAAUCCAAAUCAUAAAUGAUCCAAAUAAUCAAGAUAAUUUAAAUCUAUUAGAUGAUGAAAAUAACUUACUUCUAAAUAAAUCGAUGACAAACCUAACUUUAGAAAAUUUAGAAUUGAAAAAACAAACUCAUCAAGAUGAUAUUGAUCUAUAUCUAUCUAGAAUUCAAAACAAUAAUAAAAUAGUAGAAAACUAUAAUAUGGAUCCAAAUGUUCAAAAUUCAAUUAUAAAUGAUGAAUCUUAUUAUUUUGAUAAUAUCCUAGAAUUUGAAAAGAAAAACUUGGAUUUAAAUAUCAACUCAAUAAUAACAUCUUUUAUCAAUAAUUUAAAUCAAAAUCAAAAUCCUCUUAUAUUACAAAAAAAACUAAUUAAUGAUAUUAAUAACUUUUUGGAUAAUUUUAAAAAAAAAUUAUUAAAUAAAGUUUAUCUUAGACUAAUUUUCAAUUAUUUAAAAUCUCUUAAAAUCUCUUUUGAUGAAUUGAUUUUAGUUAAUAAUUCCUUCAUAUUUGAUUACUUGGUUAAAAAUCUAAAUAUAUUUAAUUCUAAUAAUGAAGACUCUUCAAAGACUUUUUAUCAAUUUGAUGGUAACUAUGGUGAAGGUUAUUAUGGAAAUUUUAGAAAUAGUGUUAUUUUUACAAAUAACAAUAGAACCAGCAUGAUAAAUAAUAAUUUUAAUUUCAAUCUUAAUAGUAGUAAUAGUAAUAGUAGCAAUACCAAUAUUACCAAUAAUGCCAAUAAUAUUAAUAAUAUUAAUAAUACUAAUACUAGCAAUAAUACUGAUUAUAAUAAUGAAAAUAAAUCAAUUAAUAACAAUAACAAUAAUAAUAAUAAUAAUAAUAAUAAUAAUAAUAANAAUAAUAAUAAUAAUAAUAAUAAUAAUAAUAAUAAUAAUAAUAAUAAUAAUAAUAAUAAUAAUAAUAAUAAUAAUAAUAAUAAUAAUAAUAAUAAUGAUAAUAAUAAUAAUAAUAAUAAUAAUAAUAAUAAUAAUAAUAAUAAUAAUGAUAAUGAUAAUAAUAAUAAUAAUGAUAAUGAUAAUGAUAAUGAUAAUGAUAAUGAUAAUGAUAAUGAUAAUGAUAAUGAUAAUGGUAAACUUAUAAAAUACUACAAGAGUCAAUUGAAUAAAUUUUUCAAAAAAAUUUCUUUAGAUAAACUAAACUCAAAUAAUGAUGAAGAUGAAUUAAAUCGAUUAAAAUUUCAAUUAAUUUUAUCGGUAAAUGAGCAGUUUAUGGUUAUAAUUUAUGAUCAAUUAAAUCUUAAAAAAAAAUUUCCAAUAAAAUUAUUGUAUAAAUUGGAGAUAAAUAAAUUUUUAAAAAUAUUUAAGAUUAAUGAAAAAAUUAAAAUAGUAAAUAAAUUGAAAAAGGGUUAUUUAAUUGAAAUUAACGAAGAAUUUAAUCAAAAUAUCGAAUAUGAAUUAAAUAGACUAAGUUAUCAAUACCAAUUUAAUAUUAUCAAUUCCGAUGAACUAAUUGAUAAAGAUUUAAUUUAUGAAGAAAUUUAUGAAAGAUAUGAGGAGUCCUUUUCAAAAUUAAUUGAAAUUGAAAACGAAUUAAUAAUAGAAAAGAAAAAUUUGAUUAAUAAUAAUGAUAAAACAUAUUUUGAGAUUGAUAAUGAUAAUUUCAUUUUAACCAAAUUUUAUAAUGAAAUAAUUGAAGUUUAUCCAAGUUCAAUUACAUUUGAUGAUAUUAAUAAUUUGUUUAUAAACGAUUUGAUUUCCAAAUUCAAAAAAAUUAUUGGAAUUAGAAAUUUAGAUGAAGAUAUAAACGAGGAAGAAUUUUUUAAAACCUUUAAUUUAUUUGACAACAAUUUUAGAGAAGAUGUUUUAAAAUUAACACAAGAAGAGAAAAAAAUGAUUUUAAAACCACAAAUUAAAAACUUGAUAUUAGAAAAUUUAAUUGGAAAUAAUAUUGGCUUUUUCAAAAAAUCUAUGAAUAAUUUUCUAAGUCAUCAUAGUAAUCUCAGAGAUAAUAAUGAACACAAUAAUAAUAAUAUUAAUAAUAAUAAUAAUGAUAGUAUUGAUAGUAUUGAUAAUCAUGAUUAUUAUGAAAACGUUUAUGAAAAUAUUAAUGGAAGUAGUAUUUUCAGAAAUUUUAUAUCGUUUUUAAUUUAUGAAUUUAAUAGAGAAGAUAGCAAUUGUAAUAAGAUCAUGAUAUUGAAAGUAUUAUAUUUAAUUUUAAAUGAUCUGUAUAAAAAAGGAGAAAAAAUAUUUACAGAGUUCUACUUAAACGACUUGAAAUUAUUAGUUGAUAUAUUUAUCAGAGAGUUAUAUAAUUUAUCAACAGAUUAUCAAAUUUCUUUAAUUAAUAAUUAUUUAAGAGUUUUUUAUUUGAUAUUAAAUUUUACAGAGAUUAAUUUCAUUAAAUUUGAAAAUAAAGGAUUGAGUAAAAAAGAGAUUAAAGAGAUAACUGAAGAAGAGUAUAAUUUGAAGGGAUAUAAGAGAAAAGAGAUUAUAAGUUUAUUGAUAUAUUUAAGUGGAGAAGGUAUAUUUGUUGAGGAUAAUGAAAUUAAGAAAAAUCAAAUAUGGGAACCAAAUGAAAAUACAAGGAAAUUGGCUCUUAAAUGUUUAAAGAUUAAAUGGAUUGGGUAUAAUAGUUAUUUGAAUAGUGAAAAAUUACUAAAGAUUCAAAUUCAUAAUUCAAAGGCAAUGACUGCUAAUAGCUAUCUCUAUGAAAAGAAGAACUCUAUAUCGUCUUUUUCAUCUUUUUCAACUUUUUCUAGCACAAAUUCCAAUAUUAACAAGUUGACGAUUCAUAAUGAAAUUGGCAAUCUCAAUAUAAAUGACAAUAUUAGUAAAAGUCCCACCACUAAUAAUAAUAAUUUCAACAAUAGCUAUUUGAAUGGAAAUUUCAAAUUAAAUAAAACGCAAAGUAAUACUAGCCCUACAAGUAAUAUUGAUCUCAGCAGAAACGUGAAUAAGGGCAAUGAUUUCUAUUUUAAUAAGAAAAAAGCCAGUUCAGCCUCCAACUUAUUGCAACUCUACGACAAUAAAGGUAGCAAUAAUUCAACCUCAAGUUUGAACAGUGGGAAGUUUCGACUCAGUGAGAGCCAGCGAAACAAAAAGCUUCCACCACCACCUCCUCCUCCAUCCAGAAAACUUCGAUUGAUGCAAUCGCACAACAAUCUUCUCAAAAGCUCGCGCUGA